AUGCAAUCUACUACUACUCUCCAAUCUAACAUCUACACGGAUAAAUGGACUUCCACCCCAUGGGCCGUUUUCUACGAUGGACCACUUUCUCCAGUAUCCUCAACGUCUUCUUCCGAGAAUUCCGAAUCUCCAGAAUCCUCUUCUCAUCCAGAAUUGCUACUCUACAGAUCAAAAUUUUAA